GUAGGAAGUCAGUUGCCUUAACUUCUUUCCUCUUGAGUUCAUGUGGUCUUUACAUUUUAGGGGUAUAUUGACAGUUAAUAUCCCCCUGCAUUGAUGCUGCAAAGUUGUUUGAUUGAUGGCUGCCUUCAUCCUGUGUCGACGGGUGCCCAGAAUAUGCUACCUUCGAGGCUUGAGAAAAGAUUUUACCCAGGCUCAACAGCCCUAUGGAAAACCAGAGGAUGAGACUGAGGAGCAGGAGGGGAUAAAAGGAACUUUUCAGCAUGAAGAGGCCUCUCUCCUAGGAGACUACAAACUGUAUUAUAACCCAUCUUCAUAUCAUCACUCUGCAUGGAACUGUACAACCUCCCAGAGCAAGACAGAUGAUGAUGAGGAUGAACAGUGUUCACCCACUCUCACCCCUUCCUUUUGGCAACAGAGCAAUCAUUACAGUGUGAGUUGCUCGCGGCACCUUUCCAGCACAAAAAAUACACUCCUUGACUUGGCUUUCAACAAAAGCCCUGAACCCAAGAUGCCAUCAGUGUCACCUGUACCACCAGAUGUUAAGAUAGAUACACGUGCCUUCCUCAAAUGCCGGCCUGAGUUUGCUUCCAUGACCCUUGACCUGGGCCAGCGUCCUCACCCAAUUGAAUGGGAAGAGGCCUUGUUGGUGCUCCAAAAAGUGACUCUUUUAAAGGGCAGGAUGAAACCAUCUGAUGUGUCUCGCUUUCUUGUGGAGCUCAGUCGCUUGCACCCAGACAAGAUGUCACUAGUGAUGAGUGACCAACGCUUCAUCAUUCUCCUCCGGUAUUCUGUGGAAUACCUGUGCCUCUUUACUGAAGUUCAGCUGCUGGAGGUGCUGCAGUCAUUUGUUUGGCUGGAUAUACCCUCUGCCCACACUGUACUUGGGCUGUUUGAGGCCGAGCUGUGUCGCCGGGCUGACCAAAUGAGUUUACACCAGUUGCUGUUAGCUGCUGACUUGUGGCGCUGUAUUGGGAGGCAGGUGCCCCUGUUUUUACAGCACCUCUAUAACUCAGUCCAUUUAUAUGUAGGACAGAUGGGAGUCUCUGAGGUGGUCCAACUGUUGUAUAUAAUUGGGGAAGGUAGGCAGUGCCCGAAAGACUUGAUCCCUCUUGUAGAGCGGCUUCUCAUGCGCCAUUUAAAAGAAAUGCACCCUGAAGAGGUUGGUACUGUAUGCUUGGGUUUAUUUAAAUCACAAACUUCAAUAUCUCAGGGUGGAGUGAUGUGUAUUGUUGACAAGGCACAGUCCUUUGUGAAAGAUAUGAGUGACUUUGCCAUAGUAAAUGUGAUGAAAUUCAUGCGUUUCAGUUACCUGUAUCACAGGCCGUGGAUGGAGGCCAUAGCACAGGAAGUUCCUCAACGGGCUCACAGGAUGGGUGUCAAGGGGCUGAUGCAUGUGGCCUUAGCCUGUUCAGCGAUGCAUUACCGCAGUGAUGACAUCCUUAUGGCUAUUGCUGAGAGAGUGCCCUCUCUGGUACCACACUGCAGGACUAAAGACUCAUGCAAAUUACUGUGGGCCUUUGGGACAUUAGGGUUUCUCCCAGUUCAGAGUUCAAGCUUCUAUCCAAGCCUUACCGAAGCCCUGAGACAGAAAAAAGCUGAAUUCCAACAAUACCCGGAGCAUCUGCUUACUGGUCUUCUAGGCCUGGCCUUUGUCUCUCAAUUUCCAGAGGACCUAAUUGCAUUAGCCUUGAGUCCUGACUUUGUCAGCUUAGCAGUGAAAUCCACACAGGUGGAGCUGAAAAAAGACCUGUUCACUUUAGAUGGAACAGUGGCUCUGGAGUUGCCUCAGUGGACUGGCCCACGGCUAAGCUGUAAACUGAGGGAGGAGAUGGCUGAAAUGCUGUGGAAGUUUGCUCAAUCAGACGUAUGUCAGAAGCCAGAGGUUGAGGUGGCAGAAUCCACCCUGCAAAAGCUGCUUGGAGGAGAGAAAUUUGUGUGUAAGAGAAUGAUUCUGCCCCACACUCGCUCUAUUGACCUGGAAGUCCAUUUUGACUCCAGUGGGCAGCCCUUACCCGUGAACCCAGCAAUCCACACAGCCCCAUUAUCUCCUCAGAACAGUUCAUCCAAAGGUACUUCAAACAGGGGCUGGGGGAAAAUAAAUAUAGGAGUAACUAUAACAGAGGAGCUUUUAGCACAGCUAAUAAAUACCAAAAGCACCACACAACCUUUAACCCUGGCUCCUACAGAUAAGUAUCCACCUUUUCACAGAGUAGAACCUGAUGAAGGUGGGAGGCUGUUUGACACAGGGCUAGACUUGACUAGUGAUAUUAUAGAAGCCCUCACCAAACCCAGUAGCAAGGGUUUAUCCCCACAGGACUCCAAAGGCAUAGUCAAACUUGCUAUCCAGGUCACCAGCAGGAACCACUACUGCUGCCAUUCACAGCAGCUGUUGGGCCUUCAUGCCAUGAAGAGGAGGCAGUUGAAGAUCGCAGGAUACAGGGUUGUAGAGCUCAGCCAUCAUGAGUGGUUUCCUAUGAUGAGGAAAAGUAUGGCUGAGAAGCUGGCAUACCUGCACUGCAAAGUCUACGACAGUCUGUGGUAAUUCUCUGACUUCUGAGAACAAGAGCACCGCAUUGUAAACUAUGCACACAUUUUGGCUUCUGGGCAAAAGUAUUAAAAAAAAGUAUUCAGCUCUACACUGUCCUGGUCCAGAGUGUGUGAUGAUAUCAUGACAUUUUUUAGACAUUUGAAAUGUUAUUUCUUUUCAGAAUACAGUUAAAUUUGAACCUUUCUGCCAGAACCUGCUUGUACCUUCCAGGAUCGUAGAGGAGCAAAGAGAAAUAAAGUUUUUUCCCUCUGCUAUUUAAUAACCUUUACUCAUGCAUGGUGAUCUUCUCUGAGGUCAGUGCAUCUGCAUUGUGUUAUUAAACUGAUGCCCUGCUUUGCAUGUCACUGAAUAUGAAGGUUGAAUGAAACAGAUGUAGGUGUGUGUUUUUUUUUUUUCUUUUUUGUACUGUGGCUGCUCCUGCACAGUAAAAUUUGUAAUGUAAAUUGCUAAAAGACUAAAAAGCCUCUGCAUCAAUUUGAUACCAAAAGGGAGCAAAAUAAUUCACAGUAGAGCGAAUGGUAAUAAUUUAAGUGCAGCUUCUGUUCAUAAGACUGAACAUAUGCAUAUGUUUUAUCACUGUUUUCUCAGAGGCUUCCUGCCCCAGGGGAAUAGUUUUUGUUCCACAUUCAUUUUUUUGCACUUUGUUUCUGAAAGUUCUUUACGAGCUCUAAGUAAAUUUGGCACAUGUACUAUCAAACUUGCUCAUACAUUCUGAAGACCUUUUCUUUAAGAAUGUGAUUACGGUAUCUUGAAAACAAGUCACAACACAGUUAGAGCUCCUGUUUUUGUUUUGUUUUAAUAAUGGGCUGGUUUCAAACCCCUGUGGGAGCUGAUGUCUUUGUCUGGCCUACCUUCCACCUACAACUAUGUUUGGAAACAUAACAAAUCCUUUAGGUUCUUCAGGUUUUUCUUUUACCUGCAAUUAUUAAAUUUUUAUUAUGAAAUGUUAAGCACUUCACACAAAUAGAGUAAUGGGGGCUAAUGAUUUAUAUGGCAGAUCUUGCACCACCGUAAACACUGCUUCUGAAAGUGUCACCAAGUGAAGGACUGGUCCCAGCCUCACUGAGUCUGAGAACUUAAUCCAGUGUGAAACACUGGGAUAGAAUGGAUUUUUCCAGACUCAGCCAUGUUUGACUCCUCUGAGCUGUUAUUAAGAUGACUUUGAUCUGGAGGUCAUUUGUUAUUUGAUCCUUUCAUUCUGCCACCGCAGCAGGAUUAGGGAUGUUUACAGAUGUUGCUUUUUGUAUUUUCACCCUUUUUUUUUUUUAAAUUGACACUGUAUAGUUGGACUAUUGUUCACUGUCCGUGUAUAAACUUAAAGUAGGGAAACAAUGGUAGAAUAACAGU